AUGUCCAACAUCUCCGUUCAGUUGACGGCUCCGAAUGGGCGCUCUUAUGCCCAGCCCAUUGGCCUCUUCAUCAACAACGAAUUCGUUCCCUCCAAAUCCGGCGAGAAGCUCGCCUCGAUCAACCCGGCUGAUGAGAAGGAAAUCACCUCCGUCUAUGCCGCAGGAGAGGAGGAUGUCGAUCUCGCUGUCAAGGCGGCCCGCAAGGCCCUCAAGGAUCCCUCGUGGAAACAGCUCUCCCCGACGGAUCGGGGUGAGAUGAUGCACAAACUGGCCGAUCUGAUUGAUAAGAACCGUGAGGUCCUGGCUACCAUUGAGACAUGGGAUAACGGCAAGCCGUACCAGGUCUCCUUGAGCGACGAUCUCGGUGAAGUCAUCAACACCCUCCGGUACUACGCCGGCUGGGCCGACAAGUUCUUCGGUCAAACCAUCGGCACCACUCCCGCCAAGUUUGCCUACACCCUGCGCCAACCCAUCGGCGUCGUCGGCCAGAUCAUCCCGUGGAACUUCCCUCUGGCCAUGGCGGCGUGGAAGCUGGGUCCCGCGCUGGCCUGCGGAAACACCGUCGUGCUGAAGCCCGCCGAACAGACCCCCCUCAGUAUCCUCUACCUCGGCAACCUGAUCAAGGAGGCUGGCUUCCCCCCGGGUGUCAUCAACAUCCUGAACGGUCACGGUCGCGUGGCUGGCAGCGCCCUCGUGCACCACCCUGACGUGGAUAAGGUCGCGUUCACCGGCUCGACCGCCACGGGCCGUGAGAUCAUGAAGAUGGCCGCCAGCACCCUGAAGAAUAUCACCCUCGAGACCGGUGGCAAGUCGCCCCUGGUGGUCUUUGGCGACGCGGACCUGGAGCAGGCGGCCAAGUGGGCCCACAUUGGCAUCAUGUACAACCAGGGUCAGGUCUGCACGGCCACCUCGCGUAUCCUGGUGCACGACUCCGUCUAUGAUAAGUUUGUGGCGCUCUUCAAGGAGGCCGUGGCCUCGACCAGCAAGGUGGGCGACCCCUUUGCCGACGACACCUUCCAAGGCCCGCAGGUCACCAAGGCCCAGUACGACCGGGUCCUGUCCUACAUCGAGAGCGGCAAGUCCGAGGGCGCCACGCUGGUUACCGGCGGCGAGCCCUUUAAGAACGUCGGCGAUGGCAAGGGCUUCUACAUCGCCCCCACCGUCUUCACCAACGUCAAGGACAACAUGCGGAUCUACCGCGAGGAGGUGUUUGGCCCUUUCGUGGUGAUCUCGAGCUUCGUCACCGAGGAGGAGGCCAUCACCCGCGCCAACGACACCACCUACGGUCUGGGUGCGGCCCUCUUCACCAAGGACAUCGAGACCGCCCACCGGGUGGCGUCGGAGAUCGAUGCCGGCAUGGUCUGGAUCAACAGCAGCAACGACAGCGACUUCCGCGUGCCUUUCGGCGGUGUGAAGCAGAGCGGUAUCGGUCGCGAGCUGGGCGAGGCUGGCCUGGAGGCUUACUCGCAGGUCAAGGCGGUUCAUGUCAACCUGGGAUCGAGGCUGUAA